GAGAGAUAGAGUUGUUUAUGUAGUUAGUAUGGAGCUAACCAACGUACUAGUGCUGUUUGCAGCUGGUUGGACCAUUUCCCUGGCUUUACCUGUACAGGUCCUUAAUAUCACAACUUAUGAGGAUUACACAUCGUUUGGAAAAAUAUUAACAAAGAAUAAAGGCAUCAUUGACCAACUACUUGAAGGUGACAUCGCACCUCGCCCUGCACCUUCUCGUGGUGCCAUGGUCUGUUCAAAUUGCUUCUGGCCAAAAUCCCAAACUGGGACAGUUCUUCUGCCUUAUACGAUUGCCAGUAUAUACACGGAGAAAGAAAAGUCAAUAAUUAAAGCAGCUCUCGGUCUGUUUGAACUCCUCACCUGUGUGAAGUUUGUUGAAAAAACGACAGAAAAUGAUUAUAUCAGCAUAGAAUCUGCAACUGGGUGCUGGUCAGUUCUUGGAAAAGUUGGUGGAAAACAGACUGCGAGCCUGAAUCAAGAUGGCUGCGUAACUAGCGAAACAGUCCAACAUGAAAUGAUUCAUGCGCUGGGAUUUUACCAUGAACAGAGUAGAAGUGAUAGGGAUAAAUAUGUAAAUAUCUUAUCUCAAAACAUUUGUCCAGGAAAGAUUGGCAACUUUGAACUGAAGAUUACAAACAAUUGGGACCUUCCGUAUGAUUAUAGCUCAAUCAUGCAUUAUCCACGAGAUGCUUUCACAAUUAAUGGUAAAGAUACUAUAGUCCCAAAACCUGACCCUAAAGUGGAAAUUGGAGUUACAACGUGGAUGAGUAAUCUGGAUAUAAAGAAAAUAAAUGUACAAUAUAAAUGCAAUCUCUGUCGGACAAAAUUUACAGUGGUUACUUCUGGCUCUUUCUCAUCUGACGACAUCACCUUUGGAAAUGAUAAAACCUGUGUCUGGAUUUUUCAAACUCCGUACCUUUCAUCCCAAAAGAUUUAUCUGGAAGUCGGUAAAGUCAAUAUCCCACAAUCCUCUGGGUGCCGUGACUCUUACUUGAAAAUUUACGAUGGUGAAACCCGUGAAUCAAACGUUCUUCAGGACAAGGCCUGUGGCUCUACAAUAAUCCCUCUUAUAAUUUCUUCUGAAAAGAACCUGUUGAUGGAGCUUGUGAGCAAUCAGGAAUCCUCUAAAAUCAAAUUUAAUGCUCACUAUAAAACAGUUCCUCAUGGACACACUUUCUUGGAAGAUAAUGGGUCUGUGAUUUCGCCAUCAUUUCCAUUCUUAUAUCGCAAUAAUGUAGAUUCUUUUCAUUCUAUAAUAGCACCAUCCAGUAAAAAGGUGUCUCUGGAAUUCACUGUGUUUCAUAUAGAAUAUUGCAAAUUUACUUGUUCCUGCGUCUGUGACUAUGUGAAGAUAUAUGAUGGACCAGUCUUAAAUAGUCCUCUUCUGGGCAGAUUCUGUGGGUUUGCUGCACCUGCUCUUAUGUGGGCUGAUUUAGAAGAUUUCUGGAGACCAAUCUGGAAAAGUACAGAUAGAAAUACUCAACUUGUUUUUUUGUGUUUUUUUUUUUUUUUUUUUAAAUGGAGAUAAAUGGUCCAUCAAUGCAAUAUUUGUAGCACUGGCAAAUUUUAUUGAAGUUAGAAUCCUAAACCUAGCAUAAUCAUGCAAUAUAAACGACAUACAAUGAUUGAAGCAUAGCAUAAUCAUGUAAUAUAAAAUAUACACAAUGAUUGAAGCACAUAAUAAGAGAAAAUAAUGCAGUUUCGGAGAUCUGGAAACAUUUGGCCUCAUUGUUCAUUGUGAUUUUUCAAAAUCCUCAAAAUUGUACUACUAGAGCUCAUGAUGUUGAUAUUGUAGGAGCAAGAUAUAGAUAAUUUCUUUACUGUGUUCCUGAAUGUUGUUUGGUUUUUUUUUUUUUUGGUUUUUUUUUAGAAAAAUGGAAAUAAAUGAUCCAUCAAUGCAAUAUUUGUAGC